AUGAUGCCGACCUCCAUCACAUCACGCACCUUCUCAGUAGCUGUCUCUCGGGAGAUGGCGCCUAUCGCACGUAUUGUGGCCUUCUUCAUCAAGCCAGAUGGUGAAGUAGUUGCGGAUGCUCUUACCUUUUUUACCAACUACACACGAAUUAACAAUGUUCGACUGGUGGUGAAUCGAGGCAAGGAUUUGAAUCAGGACACUCUGGAAAUCAAAGGUUACGCCACACCUGGCUCCUACUUGGCUGUUAACGUGUUCCACUCUGAUCUAUACGUAUUCGGCGGAGCCUCAUUUAUACGAGAUGUCGACGUAAGUGUCACGUAA